CACCGCUCCCCCAGAAUGAACAACGUGUUUCAGGAAGAAGUUGGCGCCUGAAGCCCCGUAUGCGGCUAGCUAACACGCUAACCGAAAGUAUGAAAGAUAGUCCUUUAUAAUUAUUUCUCUUUCCAUCGUUAUUAAAGAAAUCCAAAAUGAACGACACGGAAUUCAGUGUCCCUCUGUCCUCGCUGGCCCUCCUGGUCCCACCACUUCGGCUGAUGUCAGCAGUGAUGUGGGAAGUGGUACGGCAGCGGAACAUAAAGCACUAUGGGAAACUGGAGGAGUUUGUGUCCAUGGUAACAGAUGCAGUACCUGAACUGAUGAGUAAAAGAGAAGGGAGACUGCUCUCACUGGGCCUGAGAGCGAGGACAACUCUGGAGCUGUUGCGUUCUGAACACCCUGAAGAUCUCAAGGCUGUUGAGAGCCACCUCAACCGGAUCCGAUCCUCUUGCAUUGAGGAGACCAAUGAUCCUGUAAUUGAGGCACCAGAGGCGAACUUUAUGAAGCUGGUGCAAGGCCUCAUUGAAGACACUGAUGGCAGAGAGCACUUCCUCAAGAAUGUGUUUCCAGUGGAGUAUGGCCCUGACUUCGAUACAGCACUGGAGACUCUGGUUUGUGAAUUCUUCACCAGACUGGAGGAGCUGCUGCCAAUUCCAGAUUUCAAACAGACCGCGUCCUGGAUCAGUGCUGCCCCCUCUGUCCUAGAGGAAUACAUGCAGUGUGUCUCAAAUGGAGAUGACCUUAAAUUUCUUCUCCAAAGCAAACAGUGCCACGGGAAAUUGGCCAAGUGUAGUGUUGCUCCGUUUCAGUCGGAUGAUCUUCUCAUUCCCUCUCUGUCUCUCCCUCCAUCGCUGGAAGUCGCCAUCGCGUCCCACCAGAGUGCUUGUGACGACGAGAAUAACGACGUCCCUCAGAUUGUCAUGUUCGACGAAGAGCUGUCCACGAACCCUUCCACCUCAACUGACUUUCCCGAAUCACCAAAGAGGGCCGAUAUCUCGUCGUCUCCUCGCAGGGGGCAGCAGUCGGGGACGCAUAAAUGCUCCGAGUGUGACAAAUGCUUCAAGCACCACUCUGUCCUCAUCGAACACCAGAGAGUCCACAGCGGGCUACAGCCUUACAACUGCUCCGAGUGUGGGAGGGCUUUUAGAACGGCCACUCUUCUGGCUGGCCACAGGCUACGGAAAUGCAAAAAUGCAGCGUAUCUGUGCAUUAAAUGUGGGAACAGUUUUCCAACCUCACUGGACAAAUUCAGGCACCACUGCCCAAAACGUGGCCGUAACUACAACUGUGGGCACUGCGGGAAAAGUUUUCAAAAGUCUAGCAGCUUAAAAGAGCACCUGCUCACUCACGUCCAAAGCCGCCUCUUCAAGUGCAGCCAUUGUGGGGUAGGUUUUUCAGGGAUUGGUGACUUGAAGUAUCAUCAGCAGGUAGAUCAUGACAAGCCUUAUCAGUGUAAGCAGUGUGGGAAGAGCUUUAUCUCCUCUAAGUGUCUGACCAAACAUCAACAUCGACACGAAGAGGUUGGCGACAUGGAGACGGCCAAGUUAAUGAGCAGAGGUAAACAUAGGAAGAGUGGCUCAGCUCAUCGGAAUUCCUUGGCGUCUAUGUCCUCCAGAAAAACAUCUGUCAAAGCAGCCUACCCACGAGGACGGGUCACACAUAAUUGUCCACUGUGUGGAAGGAGCUUUAAGUAUCGUUUUGAGUUUCUCGAGCACCAGAGGUUCCACACCGCGGUGAAGCCUUACAAAUGCUCUCAGUGCGGUAAAGCCUUCCGCACGGAGGCUCACCUCUCCAGGCACAGGAAGAGGAAGUGUAAAAAUGCCUCCCACAUUUGCACAAAGUGCGGGUGUCAGUUCAGGUCUCUACACGAGCGGGUGAGACAUCAGUGUGUCCAGCUGCUGACAAAAUACGAGUGUUCUCAUUGUGGAAAGACUUUCAAGAUGGCCCACCUGCUGAGGAACCAUCAGAUGAGCGACCACCAGCUCCCCUACAGUCCCAACCAUCGCUUCAGGUGCAGAUACUGUGAUGAGACGUUCCCUGGCAUCAGCGAGCUGAAGUACCACCAGAGAGUCGACCACGAGAAACCCUAUCAGUGUCAAGAGUGCGGCAAGUGUUUCCUGUCCGAAAAAUGCCUGGCCAACCACGAGCUGCGCCACAACGACGACAGGCCAGAAAGCUGCCUGGUCUGCGGCCGCGGCUUCCGGAACCGCUACGACCUGAAGCAGCACAUGCGCACGCACACGGGAGAGCGGCCUUACCAGUGCACUCACUGUUCGCAGUGUUUCUCCACAGCGGGGGGACUGCGGAGUCACACCAGGGUUCACACCGGCGAGAAGCCGCACGUUUGCCCCGAUUGCGGUAAGGCGUUCUCCCAGAUGGGGGCGAUGCGCACACACAGGCUCACCCACACGGGAGAGAGGCCAUUCAAGUGCACGGUGUGUGGCAAAGGUUUUACUAUGGCACACAAGGUGACCGUGCACAUGCGCGUGCACACAGGGGAGCGGCCGUACGUGUGCACUCAGUGCGGGAAAGCCUUCUCAGACGGAAGUGUGCUGAAACAGCACAUGCUGAACCACUCAGGGGUGAGACCGUACCACUGCCAGAUCUGUCCCAAGACCUACACCUGUCUGAACCACCUGAGGAGGCACCUGAAGAGCCACUCUAACAUGAACUGAGUCAGGCUUGAGGGCGAUCUGGAGCAGAACGUUUUACACACAUAUUGACACCCUGCGUUUGGCAGUUAGGCUACAAUUGCACCGGACCAACUGAACGAAGCAAUACAUGAAGGAACACAGAAUGAUGCUGUACAGUAAAGUUUUCUCUUGACUGUAAAUUAAAAGUAGGCACAUUAGCCAAUCAUCGAGGACUAUUUGAACAUUUGAAGUAUUGGUUUGACAUUUUGCUUAGUUGCCGAUAAUAACAUGAGAGUGCUAUCAAUAUUCUCCUCUAACUCAGCAAGAAAGUAAAAAGUGUAUUUUACAAAAAAUGGAACCAUUUCUUUAACAUCUGCACAAGCUCGUUCUUUUCCCUCAUUCCCCACCAAGCUGUUCCUUAAGCUUUUCUUUUUUUUCUUUUUCUUUUUUUUGAAAAUCAGUUUCUUAUGCAUGAAUAUGUUUGGACGUUAUUCUGAAUAUUAUUUGGGUGAGAUGCUGUUUGUUUAGAAGCUGUAAUAUUGGUGAAAACAUAUAUAUAUUUUUGGAAAGGCCUCAUUUGUGAUAGAAAUUCUAGCUCUCUGUAAAUAUGCUGAAAGACAAAUAUUGUGAGAUUGCAAAGAUAAAAUGAUGGUAACAUUUAAUUCAACAUGACUCUAGUUUUUUUUUUUUUUUUUUUCCUGUAGGCCUUUUAUAUAUAUA